GAGGUUUAGUUUACUUAAAGACGCCAUGGUCAGCAGCAGGAGGGGAAUUGCAUUUGCCGCUCUGGCCCUCAUCCUGAUCGCCUUUGUUGAGGGAUCUCAGUUCGACAGGGACGAGAGUCAAGAGGAUCACAAGACGGAAUUCAAUCUGGCCUCCACUUUGAGCGCUGGCAUCUCCAGCAGUCGCCAUCGCCAGCGGUCCCAUCUCGGCUCGCCUGUGUAUCCGGGUCUUGGUCAGGUGGGAGCAGGAUACGCCGGCGCCACCGGAUCCAUCGAUGAUGCCCAUGGCCAUGAGCAGGGCGGCUCUGGCGUUCGAGUGGCCAGCACUAACCCUGUAGUUUUCCCUGGCAACCAGUUCCCAGGAGGACAACAGUUUCCGGCCUAUCCGCCACCAGGAUAUCCAAGCCAACAGGCUCCGGUUCCGUAUCCAGUUGCAGGAGGUUCUGCUGGAGGAUCAUCUUCAGGUGGUUUCCAAAGUGCAGGUGGUUAUCCUGGUUAUCCUGCUCAGUAUCCCACUGGUGUUCCACCUCAGCAGCCGGUGGGCACUGGGGCUCCUGGUUUCUAUCCGGGAACUGGUGCCUAUCCCGGCUACUCGUAUCCAGGAGUGUACUUGCCACAGUAUCCCGGCUAUCCGCAGCCAGCUCAGUUUCCUCCCUAUGGAGUGGCUCCUGGAGCAGUUGGAGUUCCUGGAGCAGCUGGUCACUUUCCGGCCACAAGUGGGCAGAACUUCCAUCGGUAUCCCAGCCACAAUGCCGCCGAUCCCAACCACUGGGAUCACCACUUCGCGCUGAACACAGAGUACAACGAGGAAGGGGUUCACAAAGGACCCUCCGGAGUGCUCAACAACCAAAAUGCCUUCGGCUAUGGCAGUGGCUAUGGAGGCGGCUACAAUGGCGCCUACAACUCGCCGGCCUACUGAAGCUGGACGGGAUUAGGGGCGUGAAGUAAUCCGAGUCGUAGUCAUAAGUUGGCUGCUCCUUCUGUUUGGGCAGCUGUCUCUACCCAUCUCUCCAUUUGUGUGUCCCUGCGAAAUAAACUUGAUUUCUGCACACCCAACCAAGAUAAUUAGCAAUGCUGGCCAGUUACCAGUUACCAGUUGCCAGUUGCCAGUUGCACCUUGAACCGGAAAAAAUAAAGCACAUGCAUUUCGGCUCCCAUACAGACAGAUAACCUUA